CUCCUUCAUCCUCUGCUGGGCCCAGAGGACGCUGCGGGAGUCGGCAUCAUGACUGUAACGAGGCUAGCUCGGUUGCUUGGCUACUUCCCGGCCACCGCGUGGAGAGCGGCAAGAUCACCACUUGUGUGUUGUUCCGUGAGGAAAAUGAGUUCUCAAGGAGAAAAAUCCAAACCCAUCAAACAGUCUCAUAAGAAGCCAAAGUUACCAGAAGGUCGUUUUGAUGCACCAGAAGAUCCUAAUUUAGAGAAAGAACCACUGACAAAAUUUCCAGAUGAUAUUAAUCCUGUUACCAAAGAAAAAGGUGGACCCAGAGGCCCAGAACCUACCCGAUAUGGAGAUUGGGGACGAAAAGGACGCUGUAUUGACUUUUAAGCCAUAUAUUAUUAAUUUCAGUAUCUUUUUCUGAAUAUGUACAUCUGAAUUAAUUUAUUUCUUAUUAUUUUCUCUCUGUAUAUCCUUUAAGUCAUUUAAUCUCUAUAAUGUGUUUAAAAACACAAAUACGGGUGCCUGGGUGGCUCAGUCAGUUAAGCUUCCAACGUCGGCUCAGGUCAUGAUCCCGCAGUUUGUGGGUUUGAGCCCCACAUUGGGCUCUGUGCUGACAGCUCGGAGCUUGCAGCUUGCAGCUUCAAAUUCUGUGUCUCCCUCUCUCUCUGCCCCUCCCCUGCUCAUACUCUGUCUCUCAAAAAUAAAUAAAAAUGUUUUAAAAACCCACAAAUAAUGCCUUGAAAGGAAAUAUGCUGCUAUAAAUUAAGAAAGGGGAAAUAUUUCUACAUUAGCACAUUAAUUUUAAUUUAAAUAUAUUGGAGUAUAUAAAAGAU